AUGCUGGAAAUGGAGUCUAGAGAUGUAUCCAAGCCUGUGGGCGUCCACAGCGAUCAAUCUUCUGGCGCAGAGCAGGAUGCCCCCAUAAAUUGGUCAUGGCUUCGCAAGCAUCUUAUCCUGCUGCAGUGCGGCUUCCAUGCUGCCGGUCCCGGAUUCACCAGUGCUCUCCCCAUCCCCGGGAUCCACGAGAUGACAGAGCAGUUUAAUGUUGCUCCCCAGACGGCAACCUAUCUCAUCGGCGUCCAUGUCCUCUUUCUGGGCGUGGCUCCUUUUCUCUGGAACCCGAUCAUGUCCUCGUAUGGACGACGACCAGUACUUGUGGCAAGCAUGUUGCUCUCCUGCAUUGCGGCGUUGGGCGGCGGCUUCGCAAAGACAUACGGCACCCUGAUGACGGCGAGAGUGUUCCAGUCCAUCGGCAUAUCAUCUGGGUUUGUCGUUCCCGGAGUCAUCGUCGUGGAACUCUUCACCGCCGAGGAACGGGGGAGCAAGAACGGGAUCUGGACGCAGAUGGUGGCUAUAGGAGCUCCUUUGGGCGGAGUAAUCGGUGGCCCCGUCGUUCACUAUCUCGGCUGGCAGUGGACUCAGUGGAUUAUUGCUAUCAUAAAUGGCGUCCAGCUGCUAGGCUUUAUUCUCACCUGUCCGGAGACAUCGUACCGACAUCGACAGCACUCCGGACUCGGCAUGUACCAUCCUUCAGAGCUGAUGCGCCUCCCAAGGUUCCUGCCCGGCCAACUGAGCGUCCGGUCUCUCCUUGAGCCAAUCUUCUUCUUGCAGUCUCCGCAUCUGGUCCUCAUUGCUCUGGCAUACGGCGUCACCUUUGCAAUCACAUCUCCCGGCAUUUCCGUCAUUCUACCGCUAGCAUUGGAGGAAUUCUACGGCUUCGGCGCGAUCGCCCAGGGCCUCUUCUUCCUCGGACCCUUGGUGGGCGUGCUGCUGGGCGAGCGGUUAGGCGGCCCGGGCAGCGACUGGGCCAUGAACCGGGAACGUCGCCGGGCUGCCGCCGCCAAUGACCGAGAGCGCCUGGAAUCUCGUCUAUACGUCGGCCUACCCGGCUACGUGAUUGUGGUCGUGGGCGUGGUCAUCUUUGGCGUGACCCUGCAAAACCGCACCCACUGGAUCGCACCUUGUCUUGGGUUUGCGAUUUCUAAUUUUGGGCUGCAGCUGGUUACCACGCCCCUCAAGACUUACUGCGUCGACUGCUAUCCAUCCAAGGCGCCCUCAGUUCUGCAGCUGAUCAACGUCAUCCGCCAGACCGUCUCCUUUACCGUCCCCUUCUGGAGCCCCAACCUGAACGAAGCUGUCGGAUAUGGACUAGGCUUUGGCAUCGAGGCAAUUAUCCUGGUUGUAUUUUACCUGUGUAGCCUGCUCGUCCUUUGGAAGGGCCCCGUUUGGAGACAGGCGGUGCAGCCCGAUCAGGGAUUCUGUUCCUGGGGUUUCGGGCUUGAGCCGAUGGAGUUUCGGCUAUUUUUAUUACUGGCCAAUUGA